AUGCAACUAUCAUCUUUGCUAGCAGGACUUGCAGCGUUGCAAUUCGCCGCAGCGGCACCUACAAAUGUUGCGCUCGGAGCAACAGGGAGAUCGCUCUCGAUCAGCGAAGACGGCACGACAGCUUCCCUUGACGGUCGAAGCAUUGAUUUGAGACAAGCAUUCAAGAGGAACACUGGAUGCAAACCUGGAAAGGGUCCCUGGGGCGGCCAACCAGGACCAAUGCCAAGCGCAAAAGCAAUCUACUUUAUCUCCAACGCUGCAAACAACUCGGUCGUUGCCUUGAAAGUCGCAGCUGAUGGGACUCUGUCCGAUGGGUCGAUAACUGCCACGGGAGGAGCAGGAAUGUCCGGUGUUGAUUCGACAGGAAACCCAGCUGGAGCAGAUGGACUGUUCUCCCAAGGUUCUUUGAAGAUCGCAGGAAACACCCUGCUCGCAGUCAACCCGGGUUCCAACACCGUAUCCAUGUUCUCCAUUAACCCAUGGGACCCAACAAAACUUACCAUGAUCGGUACUCCAGCCUCAACCCUGGGCGAGUUUCCCGUCUCAGUCACUAUCUCCCAGAAGCUAGCCAUCGCAUGCGUCGCAAACUCAGGUGCCAAGUCCGGGGUAGCCUGCCUGUCGAUCACUGCCAAUGGCCUAAAGCCCCUCGACAAAGCCCUCCGUUCAAUCCCACUCGGACAAACUACUCCUCCCUCCGGACCCCUCAACACCAUCUCACAAACCUUCUUCAACGCCGACAACACCGCACUCCUGACAACCGUCAAGGGAAACCCCAUGGUGAACAACACCGGUUUCAUUUCCGCUUUCCCCGUGCAAAACGGUUGCGUGAGCCCACAAGAGACGCGCUCCUCGCCCAACGGAACAGCCGUGCUCUUCGGCGUCACACUACUCCCAGGCAGCAACGACAAGAUAUUCAUGACAGACGCAUCGUUCGGUGCCGUGACCGUCUCCCUUUCCGCAGGCCUGACCGGCUCCACGGACGCUUCCACAAAGAUCGAUGGGCAGAUGGCUACAUGCUGGGCGACAUUUAGUGAAGCAACCGGAACUGCGUUUGUGACUGACGUGCUUGUGAACCAUUUGGUGGAGAUUGAUCCUGCUACUGGGGCCAUUGUCACGGCGACUGCAGGCGCUACUGGGAGUCUGGGAAUGAUUGAUCUCGAGGGCAAAGGCAACUUCAUUUACGCGCUGGCUCCUGGAAAUACCACCGGGGGUACGGCUGCAACAGUGACUGUGUUCGAUGUGAGUGGGGGGAAGGGUGCUGCCAAGGUGAUUCAGAAUUUCGCUCCCCAGGGAGUCACGGAUACUGUGCAGGGGAUGGCUACCAUGUAG